AUUAGAGUUCAUAAUAAAGGUUGCUUAUCAAAAUCCACAGAUGUUUUUUUGAUAAACAACAAAGCUGUUUAAUCAAAUGCUAUAGUUUAUUAAUGUUGUGUGGUAUAAUUUUAAUUCUGCUUGCAUAUUUCCUCGAUCCCGAUAGCACCGAGGUAAGUACAUUGAACACAGAACCAGCUGCAGAUCCAUUGGUUCAAGAUGUCGAUAGUCACAAACUAACAAACGUUGUUGUUAAUAUUGGUUUAGUGUUACAUGAAUUUUGGAAAAACUACCUAAUAUACGCAACUUUGGAAUUCUACUGGUACAGUGUUAUCGUUUUCAACGUUGCGUAUUACCUUUUUAGCUGUGGUACAAUAUCUGCAGCCAUGUUGGAUGCACAAAUGCCAGGUGGUGAAUUAGUCUCUCGAAGAACAUGUAAAAUAACAGGUACAAUGCUUUUAAUAUCGAAUUGGGUUAGGUUUACAUUACGUUCAUAUCUUGAUCAUCAAUGAGAAUUCCAGUACUCGUCUUCAUCUAUACUAAUUGGUUAGAAUAAUACUAUAAAACUUUAGUUCCUUAUUUUGAUUCUUUUAUAUUUCUCAUAUUUCUUUCAUCAAUUCACUUGUAACUUUAGGCACAUCUUUGAUGACUGAUUAUUUACUCAAAAGACAUCUUUGGUGCUGCAUCGUUUUCACCAAACUUUAUCUACUGUUUGCUCUGUCUUUUUUUUUUGUUACUACGAUAAUUUGCAAAAUCUCAAUUGAGGCUAUUGAAAAUAGAAGACUAUAUUUGCUUCCAAUAAUACACGCAUGUCCACUAGCUCACUUAAUUUCCCAACCAAAAGUAGAAAAUCAACGAUAGCAGUUGUUCAACAAAUAUUGGUCUAGAGAACAAAUGUAACAUUCAUUUUUGUUUCAUCUUUUUGGAUGGUCAAAGAUAACACAAGGACUCAAUUUCAAUAUCCCUCACACAAGUUCAACUUAAAGGAAUAUGAAUAUAUAAAUAAUACUAACAGGAGUCGAAGUUAUCUUCGUGCACAUUGAAAAAGAUCACUAUUAUCAUCCGUGUUUCACGUCUAGUAUAAUACACGUGACAAUACUGCAUACAGAGACGUGUAAUUACCAGUUCAUUUUCGAAAACCGAGCGACGAAAAACUGCGCAGUC